AUGAGAGAGAAAAAGAAUGGUGCUUUAAGCAGAGUGCAAAAAUUGAAAAAGAGAUUGAGCCAUAGUUUUGGUAGACUGUAUUUUAUAUUGCGAUAUUACUAAAAGAUGUGGAGAUGUUGCUCUGUUAAAAUUGAAAAGCAGCAAAUCUGUCCUAUGUUUAUUGGACACAUUGCUUCAAUAUCAAAAGAAGAAGCCGAAGAUGCAGUAAGCCGAGUUCAAUUGCCUUAUAACGGCUACUCUGAAGAGUUUCUAGACCGGUUGGAGACAAAUGGUAAUAUACCUUCUAAUAAAGAUAGGCAUUAUGAUUGGGUAGACAUUGGUGAACGUGAUAGGGUACACAGACAACUUUCUGUUUCGAGCGAUUCAAAACUUUUAGACGAGGAUAUUAGAGAAGAGGCUAAAGUUAUUCUGCGACCGCGACGGCCACCGAGACCAAAAUCUGAAGUUUUCCUUGGACCAGAGCCACCACCUAGGCGAACCAAACGAUUUUCUGCUUUUGGCGGUGACUCUCCGUUUGGAAAAUCAGAAGCAUAUAUGAAAUUAGAACAAUUAGGAGAAGGUUCCUAUGCGACAGUGUUCAAGGGUUUCAGCCAUCUAAUGAACCAAGUGGUCGCAUUGAAAGAGAUUAGACUGCAAGAGGAAGAAGGAGCUCCAUUUACCGCUAUUCGAGAGGCCAGUUUAUUGAAAGAAUUAAAACAUAAUAAUAUUGUUACACUACAUGAUAUCAUCCAUACUCGGGAAACUUUGACUUUUGUAUUUGAAUACGUUCAUACGGAUCUUUCACAAUACAUGGAAAAGUACAGUAGUAAUAGUGGAGGCCUUGAUCCACAUAAUGCUAAAUUAUUUCUUUUUCAACUACUACGGGGACUUUCUUAUUGCCAUCGUAGGAGAGUGCUUCAUCGAGAUGUUAAACCUCAAAAUCUAUUGAUUAGUGAAAUUGGCGAGUUGAAGUUGGCAGACUUUGGUUUGGCUAGAGCUAAAUCUGUACCAUCACAUACUUAUUCGCAUGAAGUUGUUACUCUGUGGUACAGACCACCAGAUGUUUUACUUGGAUCUACAGAAUAUUCAACUUCCUUAGAUAUGUGGGGAGUUGGAUGUAUUUUCGUAGAAAUGUUAACAUUUCCUGGCGUUCGAUGCACUUACGAUCAGCUUGAUAAAAUUUUUAAAAUUCUUGGUACACCAACUGAAGAAACAUGGUCUGGAGUUACACAGUUACCAGGUUAUAAACCUAAUAGAUUAGCUUUCUAUCCGACGCGAAAACUUGGCCUUUCAUUUCCAAAACUAUAUGAUAUUGCCGAAGUAGAUAAUAUGGCAUCAUCGUUUUUACAACUGAAUCCAGAUGAAAGACUUGGAGCUGAAGAUGCUUUGCAUCACUUAUACUUUGCUUCGUUACCUAGAAAGCUGUAUGAAUUACCAGAUGAAGUAUCAAUAUUUAGUGUCGAAGGUUGCCGAUUACAUACAGAGAUCCAACAAACAUAUGCUGAUUCACGACAAACAAUUCUCAAAACUUGAAGAAUUUAGUAAUAAAAAUUAAGGUUUACUGAGCACAUAAUGAUGAAGAAAUUGGGAUGAAAAAUAAUGACUAAAAAAGUACUUAUAAAUUUAACUUCGCAAGUACCUUUCUAGGUGAAUGUUGUUUACAGAGGACAAAGGGAAUAUGUUUGAUUAUUGUACUUUAUCUGAAAAUAUUAGAUAAAACAAUCAAAAGAAAAUAGAUAACGUACAAAAUUAUCAAUAAUGGAUUAAUGAUAUACAAAAUCCAGAAUGACUCCAUAUGUUUAAUUAUUAAAUGAGUAAACCCUAGGUCUAGAAUAUUUUGAAGAC